GUACAGUUUACGUGCAUAGAGCGCUCGUUAUUCCUAAUGAUACCUCAACGGAUGCAGCCUGUGGUCGUCAAUUUAAUGAGUAAAAAAGAUCCUUUAAUCAAUAUCCGGUAGAAUUGGGAUAUCCUGGAAACCAAAAACUAAUAAGGAACCGGCGCGUGUGAGGAUGCUGAGAAGUAUUUGUACAACAGCAGCCAAUGUAUGAGGGUGAACGGAUUGCUGAUGUUACUGCUGGCUACAGCUACAGGGUGCUUGUGUGUGUGCCCUCGUCAAAAACGACGAUCGCGUCAAGUCAGUACCUCAGCGCGCGAGUUUGAACAGAAUCGAAACAGAAGACGGCAGCAGAGGACGACCUCGAAGCUGUGGGCGUGUGAUACGCAACGCCAUUUCACAGUAACCUUAGACUUUAAAGCACAGUAUUUGGGUAUCGCUCAUGACAGGGUACAGCUGUGGGUCGGUCGUUGUCACGCGGCUUCAAUCAUUCUGAUCAUCUAUUGUCCUUAUACUUCCUUUAGAUUUUGUCCAGCACAACUCAAAAAAAAAUGGCGAAUAAAGGGGCAAAUACGUAGCUUUAUAGCCAUCACCCUAAGCUUGUCAAAAAAAGGGAGCUUGUAGCAUGCUACGAUACUUGAUUGUGAGCUAGAUACGACCUAUUCGUCUUUUGCUAAAAGAUGACACCG